AUGGACGAAUUGCGAAUGAUUGACGAGACCGAUACGGACACAUUGGUGUCAGAAAGGCUGAUCCAAGCGCAGGAAUCUUCCAAAGAAAAAGUGUCGUUUGCUCAUCUAGCCCAACGAGAAGAUGAAAAAGAGGUUGUCAAUGGGGAAAGAACACUUCGACGACGACCGACACCAUUCCCGAAAAAAAUGGAACGGCCCGAACCGGAACUCGAGGAAAUAGUGAUUCCGGUCAUCGAAUUUUCAAAAUUGCCACCGAUUAUUAAAAAUGGCGGAAAGAAUCGAAGAAGCGCAUCCAUGAAAACCGCCCAAUUGAUAAAGCAGCAGAAUGAUCGAAGGUUUUCGGCAUUUCCGAAUGAUGUUGAUCGUGGACGAUCGGUGAGCCCGUCAUUCGAUUAUUAUCAGAGUCGCUCGCUGCGAGGAUUUACGUCAUCCGCAAGUCAAAAACGUAAUUCCUCACGAAGCGGCACAUCGCGAGAAUUCUUUUCAUCAAGAGAUACGAAAUUAAAGGCAAUGUCGAAACCCAAUUCGAUUCUGGUCUACACGGGUGGUGAUGAGAAGCUGUAUUCAGAAAUUCGCGAGCGCCUUGCGUCUUUAAUACCGCCCGACGAAAUCACGGUAUUUAAUAUAUCCAAUGAGGCACUGAAAAGACAACCAUGGAUUGAGCCAUCAACUAUAUGCGUCAUUCUCGCUUCGACAAAUGAACUCGAUGAUGCUGCUUGGUCAAAAGUCGAAGCAUAUUUCAAUCAAAACGGAAAAAUCAUAUUUGUCUGUCAAAAUAAGUUGCUGGCGAGUAUCACCGGGUGCGAACGAUCCAAGGAUCAAGCCUCAAUCCUUCGACUAGCCUUUGGGAACAAGAAUUCUCUAGAAGCCACUAACAAAGACUUUGCGAAAUUCUUGAAGAAAUCUCUCAAGACACUCCCAAAAACUCAUUCUAUUAAUGAAACGUUUCGUUCGAAAGAUGUCGGAUUCUCUGUGGUUCUAAAAAAAGAAGAAGACACACCGCUUUUCCUUUACAUGCAAAACACUGGUGCGCGACAUGCUUCUGCGCUUUUCUCCGACGCUACAACCCAACAGCUUCUAGCGCCCAAUAGCAAUUUGUUGCGAGAUACGCUGAAAAAUGUGGGAGUCAAUGUGAUGGAAAAUCAGAUUCCCGAACUUACAAAGGGGAUUCUCGUUGCAGAAUACGAUUCGAUCAUCGAUAACAUUGCUGGAUUGCGACUCGGCGAGGAGAUUGGAUCGAAUCCGACAUUGCUACUUCGAAAAUCUGAUGUGGUUGCUGAAAUUGGCCUUCCAGAGGCUAGUCGAACGUUAUUGCCGAUUGAAGUAGCUCAGCGAGAAGCGUGCGUCGGCGAAUUCAAUUUUGACGAAUAUUUUAACCAUUUACAAGUGAAACUCGGCCAAAUUGUGCUCAAUAUUGAUGUUGCGACGACAACAAUGGAUAUUUGCACUAGUUUGAAUAAUGCAAUUCCCGCAAUUGAGAAUGUUCUGGUUGUGGCGAAUCAACAAGUCAAAGGAAAAGGCCGAGGUGGUAACGAGUUCAUUUCGCCGAAAGGAUCAGCUCUGUUUAAUUUCUCAUUCAUUGUCAAGAAAUCGUCACGAUUCGCGAAAAAUAUUCCAAUUUUGCAACAUGUGUUUUGCGUCGCACUUGUCGAUGCCGCUCGGCGAAUCUCCGGACACACGGAUUUCCCGUUGAGAAUCAAAUGGCCAAAUGAUUUGUAUCAUGAGAGAUCGCACAAAGUUGGUGGAAUGCUGAUAACAUGUAAAUCAAGAGAUGACGCAUUUUUAAUCAAUAUUGGUUGCGGAAUUAAUGUGUCAAAUGAGAAGCCGACAGUUUGCUUAAACGACAUGAUGCCCAAAGAUUCUCAAAAUGUGAUAACCAGAGAAAAAUUGAUCGCAGAGACACUUAAUCGCUAUCAAUAUUGGAUGAAUGAUUAUGAAGCUAAUGGGCCAGAAGCAUUUAGAAGGAAAUAUUAUGAAUAUUGGCUUCAUUCCCAACAAGAAAUUCUGCUUUCCGAUUACAAUGAAAGGGUAACAAUUCGCGGAAUUGAUGAUUACGGUUAUUUAGAAGUGCGUAGCAAAUCCAAUCCAGAUAAGAUUUUCUCGAUUGGCGAUGACGGGAACACAUUCGAUAUGAUGAAGGGAUUAAUACGCCAUAAAGUGUAG